AUGGCCACUGACGAAAUACAAGCUCCAGCCCUUUCGACGCCACAAGACGAUUCUGCGUUUACUUACGCGAAAGUCAACAAGGCCGAGAUUCGAAGAUCCCAUCUUCAGCUCGCAGAGGGCGAUGACUAUGUUGCAAGAAUCCACGAGUACUACUCUCUAGAUGAGUUGGCCUCAUUUUUGUGCGGGACAUCUCCCGCAGAAAAUGGCGAGCAGGGCAACAAGUACAAAAGGGUCACCCUUCAAUUUCCAGACCUGUUGAUCUGUGACUCGGCCACGAUCGUCCAGGAACUUCAGAAAAAGCUCAAUUCGUGCUGCUCUGACCCCAUGGACUCCAACCAGAGAUUGUGGAUUUUGGCCGACACAUCGUAUUCUGCCUGCUGUAUUGAUGAGGUCGCAGCACAGCACGUGAACUCUGACUUGGUAGUCCACUUUGGAGACGCUUGUCUAAACCCGGUGGCGUCCUUGUCUUCGGCAUACGUGUUUGGGAAACCGCGCCUUGAUUUAGGACACCUUGCAAGCGAGUUCGAGGCCCGGUAUCCUUUGUCUUCAUUCAAAGACCAGAAAGUGGUGCUCCUCGCUGAUGCUCCCCACACGUAUCUUCUAGAAGCCUUGGCAAGGAGGCUCAGCGAAUACCAAAUAAUUGUCACGGACUUGAAUUUGUCUGACGAGCACUCGCUGAUCAUCGGACACCAGCCACAGCUUUGUCCAGCCAGCAACCUCCGUGCGCUUGGGAGGGUGUUCAGAGGGCUUGAUGUGGAAGAUAAUGAUGACUCGGUUCUCAGCGAGUACGACCUCUUCCACAUCGGGCUUCCCGAGGCGCCUCGUCUCCUCCAAUUGACCACGAAGUUCCAGUCGGUGACCACGUUCCACGAAAACAAGGUAUCGCAGGGACCAUUUCCCAACUUGAUGCGCCGUUACAGGUACAUGCACAUGGCUAGGGCAGCAGGAACGGUCGGGAUACUUGUCAACACGCUCUCGCUUGCCAACACCAAAGUGUUGGUCAACCAGCUCGCAAAAAAAAUCAAGGAGGCCGGAAAGAAGCACUAUAUUUUCGUGGUCGGCAAGCCCAACGUGGCGAAGCUAGCCAAUUUCGAGGCUGUGGACAUGUGGUGUGUGCUCGGGUGUGACCACCAGGGCAUCAUCUUGGACCAGACCAGCGAGUACUUCAAGCCGAUUGUCACCCCGUACGAGCUUAUUCUCGCCAUUGGCGAUGAGUUCAGCUGGACGGGCAAAUGGGUCACGGACUUCCGAAACGUCUUGAGUGAGAUAGGCGAGGAUGACGUGCCGGAGGCGCCACAAGGCGAGAGCUCGCAAAACAGCGGGUUGCCCGAAGACCAGGAAAGCGACGAGGAGCCCGAGUUCAAUCCGGUCACGGGGCUGUAUACAAGCACGGCCCGGCCUUUACGGCGACUCCAGCACCUCCGGGUGACCAUGAACGAGGCCGAUGAUCUGCAAAGCGGAGACUCUGCGGGCACGCCGAACGGCAACCCCGGUGCCUUGGUGCAAAGGCCCUCUGGCGCUGUGGCCCUCCGCGGGACGGUCUCAACAUCUGCAGCACAUCUCCAGACCAGACAGUGGACUGGAUUGGGAAGCGAUUGGACCGAGGAUGCAGAUGCAGACGGUGCUGCCGUGGAAGAAGGCACCAGUGGCAUUGCACGUGGCUACGCGUUUGAUGUGGAGAACCGCAAUGCGUGA